UUUAGAGUUCAUUGGUAUAUCUGUGAUAGUCCGUACGACAGGAACCGGAAAUGCACUAUGGAGGGGAUUUGAAAGGGACACCGCUUCCUCGUAACAAUAAUAACAGAUAGAAUAAAACGGGACCCAGGAACUUUAUUGGAACCUUAUCCUGGGCAUGUCGGGUACGCGAAGAUGUUCAAUAUUGAUGAAAUGAACACAAGAAACUACACACGCUAGGAACUGCUGUUUCUCACACGGCUGAUGGUUCGUGAUCGGACACAACGUCAGAAACUUCAAGGGAGUAUUCCACCUGUUGCUGCCAGGAUGCAAGGCUCCGCCUCCGUCCUUUCUCCUGCUCUUUGUACAUCAGUGCCCCACCACGUCCCUCGUUCCUCCACCUCAUGUUGUCCUGAACUUGACCCGUCUGCAGCGGCCAGGCCUCCGUCCCGCAAACAAACUCGACGAAAAAGAAAUGCAAAGGUGUCUUUCCGUGAGUCUGUGGUCGUCAAGGUGAUACCAGAGCCACAAAUGCCACCGAACGGUGACGCUCUACCUCAACAAUCAACCACCAACCAGAGGAAACCGAGAGGUUGUUUGCAGAAUCCAAGCAGGGGAGCCCCAAAGCAGAGGGCGGAGCUACCGGCCGUCUUGCCCUAUGAGCAUCCAGGCGGUCUGGAGGACGUGGAGCUAAACAGCACCUUGGCUGUCAAGGCAGAGCUUGUGGCCCUGCAGGGGGCGGAGUUUAACUCCCAGAAAGCAGUGAAGGAGACGUUUGAGAAGUUGGAGCACACGAAAAAGCAGAUAAACAGCCGAGCGACGCGAGGGAUCAACGUCGCUCGCUCGCGGACGCUCUUCAGCUCGCUGGUCAGCGUCGACGUGCCCGAGAGCGAGCUGAUGAGCCGAGUCUUCAAGGACAGGCUGCUUUUGGGCCCGCCCCCUCGUAGCCGUGAAGGCACAUCAACAGGAAGCCCCUCCCAUCUCGUCUUCUUGCCCUCAGACUUGUUUCGGCAGAAGCCCCUCCCACCGGAGGAGGAGCCGUUCGGUAGCGAGUCUUGCCCGGCGCCUCGGGCCGCCUCCUCGACCUUUGACCUCUACAGACGACAGAGACGUUGGGAAGCCAGCCCGUGACACACAAAUGAUCCACAACUUGCUGGUCAAAUUGUCGUUUGUCACAUUUUUUUUUGUCAAUAAAGACUUUUUGUACGCGUUUUCAUGUCUAAUCUGU